UAUACAUAUUUACAUAUUUGUGCAAAUCAAGCAACGAUUUAUUUAAUCGUUCGUAUAAAAUCAUUGCUGCGGUUAGUAGUUGUUCCAAUUUGUACUUGUACCAACAGACAAAUAAAUAAAUAAGUAAAUUAUUCUCACUUUCUGUGCAAUUCUACAUUGAAAUUUUAUUUUUGAAAUCUCGAAAUUUGUGGCAUGACAGGAAAAUCUGUCCCCUUAAUAAACGACACGUCCGAUGCGACCCUACUAAUUUUGAGGGGGACAGUUUGUUCAAGUGGGUGUGCCGCGGGUAGUAUUUGUGUCUGCCCAGACUCAGAAUAUAAGUGGGAAAAAGAAGCUGCACUUCUUAAUAAUAUUGGGCAAAAGUACACGAUUGGUUCCGGGAAAAAUUUGGACAACUUGGAUCUCGAGAAAUACGGGCAGUUUUUAAUAUUCCACCUCCACGCGGACGUAGCUGACGUUCAAUGUCAAAUUGAAUGUGAUACGGAUGGAAACUUUUGGUUCCACGGUUUAGGAUACUCAGAUACUUUCGUCAAUGGGAAAUUAUUAAUACCAAACUUUAUAAAGUUUCCUGAAGAACAAAGAUUCGGGAGGGUUCGGAAUCACAGAGUUAAAAACAAAUGGGAAGAUUCCCCCGUCAAAUUAAAAUCUGGGGAUGUAUUCUACUUUUCCUACGUUUGUUCGCACUUAUGGGACCACAAAUUAGCUUCAUCAUGCGGAAGAAGGCUAUACCGCAAAAACCCGGUGGGGAAAGACUACACCGUUUUUAAAUUUGAGAGACCGACUCCGACUAAAUCUGUGCAGAAUCUCAACGACGAGGAUUCCUCUCCCCCAAAUCACCCCAUUUUCAACAACCACAUCAUCCUCUCAAAAAUCCUACAAAACCUGGUCUCCUCAACCUCCAAUAUUCUCACCAAUCAAACCGAUCUCCUCAACUGUCGCCUCGUCUCCACCCCAUUUGACCACGUGGCGCGAAAAGUCCUCCGGAAAGACGUCGUAUUGCAGUUCAUCGUAGAUAUCGACUCAUUAUACACCCACGACGCAAACCACUUUUUGAAUCGACUUUAUUGGAAAACCCAUCGCUUCAAACACCUCAAAUUUGACGCCAUGAACAUUUCCAUCUACAAAAAGCGUUUCCAUCAUUGGGUCAACUAUUCUGAAAAACCAAAACCUACAGAGAUAAAAUUCAACCAAGAUUUCUCCUCCUUUAUAAAUCACCCGGAUUUCCACCCCCUCAAAUCACUCAAGAUUGAUGUCGAUUACCUCUCACCGAUUUCCACCCUCCUCGUAAAAUGUUACCUUUCCCUGGAACAGCUCGACAUCCAGGUUAAGCUGGACUGGAUUCUGGACGAGAAAAAGGCUACAUUUCCAGAAAAUCUAAAGUUCCCAAAAUUGAGAAAGUUAACCCUCGAUUUUUCAUAUGUUCAGAAUAACGAGAUCGUAUCGAAUUCUGUGUCCCUCGCGGGGCUUAUCUUAGCGUCAAAUAAGGUUGAGGAACUGGUUAUAAAAAAAUAUACAAGACUCCCUGCCGACUUUGGCUCUUUUAAAAAUCUGAAAAAAAUAACCAUUUCCGGUCGACGCAUGUUACACUGGGAAACUUUCAAUUUUCACGAAUUUCUCUACCAAUUCAUUACCUUGCCGAUCGGGCAGCUAUGUUCGUUAAAAGUAUUCCUCCCAGCGAAUGAUGAGCUAUCCACUCCAGUCAAAAUAGAGGAAUCAUUAUUCCAGCUGGUAGAAAACCAUCGGCGAACUUUGCAAAGUUUGGAAAUCUCUUUAAAUUCCAGAUAUUUUGAGAACCCGAUAACACUUCCGAGAUGUAUGCCAAAUUUGAAAAAGUUGUGGAUAAUAAUUCCUGACGGAGAUUUGAAACAGGCGGGUUUCAUUGUUGGGGUCAGAUUAAGUAGUCAAAAGGGUGAAAAGUCUCAUCAAAAUGUAGAUGAUUCAAUGAAGAUGCCUCUCGUUCUUCGAGAUGGACGUGAAUGUACUCAUAGAUUUUGUCCGAGUUGUGGCGAUGAUACUUUACUUUAUGGAAAAUGGCAUCGGAACGAAGUAGGAUUUUGAUAAGUAUUUUAUUAUUUGUUCAAGACUUGGAAAUUUUUUGGACUUUAAAAAAAUGUAUUUUUUACUUGUUUUUUUUUACAUGAAAUAAAUCGUUUGAUUUUAUACAGUAA